CCUGAGCUGAUUCCAAUUCCAAAUCAAUCGGACAGCUUCUUCAGUCUUCUCCAAUGUCGAAGGCGAAGCUGCGAUCGCCACUUUUCGCCGUUCUACGCAGCAACAAAUUCUUCUCUUCCGCCAUUAAUUUCCCUAAUUUUUCAAAUUCAGCUUUAUCAGCCCAAUCUCCGUCAAGUUUCAUCUCCCGCUCACAAAUUCCUCCCACCGCUGAACCCUGCCCAUCCACUGCAAAUGAAUUUCUCGAUAACCUUAAGUUUCCUUCGAGGGUUUUCUGCUCCCGGUCGGCGGAGGAACCGGACCUGAAGCUUAGGUGCUGGAAUUGUGGCGCUGCGCCCCCCGCGUCGGUGGUCUUUCUGGUGUGUGAUUCCUGUCGGAGCAUUCAGCCCCUGGACCAGUCGKUGGAUUACUUUCAGAUAUUUGGCUUGGAAAAGGAGUAUGAAAUUGGAGAUGUCAAUCUGGAGGGCAAGUAUAAAGAUUGGCAGAAGAAAUUACAUCCUGAUUUAGUUCAUUCGAGAUCAGACAGAGAAAGAAAAUAUGCUGCCGAACAGUCUGCUCGUGUGAUUGAUGCUUACCGUACUCUUAGUAAGCCGUUAUCAAGAGCAAUAUAUAUUCUGAAGCUUGAAGGUGUAGAUGUCAAUGAAGAGGAUACAAUUUCUGAACCACAGUUGCUAAAUGAGAUUAUGGAAAUCAGGGAAGCGGUAGAAGAUGCAUCUGGGUCUCAGGAGUUGAACCAGAUUCGGUCACAGAUGCAAGAAAAACUAAACCAUUGGUCUAACACGUUCUCGAAAGCAUUGAAAAACCGGAACUUCAAUGAUGCUGUCUUGUCGAUCCAGCGGAUGACUUACUACGAGCGGGUGAACGAAGAAAUUACGAAGAAGCUUUAGUUUGCAGGAGGUAUAAUCCAUGGAAGCAGUGUAGCUCUUGGGAAAGGCUUCAUGAGUUAUAGACUUAUAGUUAGCUGAGGAGAAGUCAAUAUUUAUCUAUCUCCUCUUCCAAUGGUUGCUCAUAUUUCAGUUUUUAGUAUUUAAUUAAUGGCUAUGGGUUGCUGAAGCUGGUUAAAAUUCUAGUAGUCAGUAAACUAUUCUUUCAUAUCAAUAUUCUGAUUGAUGUUACUGACAAUCAUACUGUGAAGCAAUAAAUAGACAGAAAAGCCUACAUUAAAUAAUUA